UCAAAUUUUUCCCAAUAAUUUUUUCUUUUAAAAAAUGCGAAAUAGUAUAAAAUUAUAGACCCUCUCCUUCCCUGUUAUUCUGGAACUUGCGUGUCUGUAACCCGAGAAGCUCCAAGACCCUUAAGCCCUACUACCAAAAAAUUGACGAUUGAGAUGGAGAUUGAUACCGCUAAGCAACCACAACACCAAAUUAAAGACAAAGACCUCUUCAAGGCCGCCGAGUCAGGUGAUGCUUCCACAUUCAAAGCUCUUUCACCGAAACAUCUCUCCAACGCGCUCUCUCUACUAAACGACGACGGCCGCUCCCUCCUUCACGUCGCCGCUUCUUCCGGUCACCCCGAGGUGGUGAAAAUACUAUCUGAUGCGGAUGAAUCGAAAAGGGUAGUGAACAACAAGGAUGAGGAAGGUUGGGCUCCUCUUCACUCUGCAGCCAGCAUUGGGAAUCUGGAAAUUGUGGAGAUUCUUUUAAAUAGAGGAGCUGAUAUUAAUUUGAAAAAUGACGGGGGUCGUACUGCUCUUCAUUAUGCUGCAAGCAAGGGACAGUUGAAGAUUGCUGAACUCCUCAUAUCACAUGGUGCAAAGAUUAAUCUGAAGGACAAGGUUGGUUGUACCCCAUUGCAUCGGGCAGCUAGCACUGGGAACUCCGAAUUAUGUGAACUUCUAAUUGAGGAAGGAGCGGAUGUUGAUGCUACUGAUAAAGCUGGUGAAACUCCUCUCAUGAAUGCAGUAAUUUGCCAUAACAAAGAGGUCGCUUUCCUUCUUAUAAGACAUGGGGCAGAUGUAGAUGUGGAAGACAAGGAAGGUUACACUGUGCUCGGUCGGGCAUCUGAUGACUUUAGGCCAAUGCUGAUUGAUGCUGCCAAGGCUAUGCUUGAAGGAUGAAAUCUUAACUUUUACAAAGUUAGACGGUAAUUUAUUUGAGUUCUGUACAAGUACUUGUGUUGAAGAUGGCGGUGGCUUACGACUAGAGACGACAGAUGGGUUUGGGUUCCUGAAAAGUUUUUUCUAUUUAAAUAUUUCCAUGGUCGUUGACUGUUCUUAUUGUUUUUAAUUUGUUUAUUGGUCCCAUAAAGGUAUUUCCGUUUCUCCGUAACAGAAAAAAUAUUACUUUAAACAUCCGUCAGAAACUACAGAAUAAUAAGAACGAUAAAAAUGAACUAAUAAAUUUUGUAAAGCUUCAGGGACUUGAAAAUAAUUUUCUCAAAUUUUUUAUUGAUCCUUAUUUUGAAAAUUUUUUCUAUUAAAACUUGUUGUACGGGCCCCCUUUAUCUAAAAAUUUUAGUGGAGCUGAGAAGUAUGAUAGUAAUUCAUUUUACAAAUAUUUUGUAUUUCUUAGUUGGAAAAAAUGGGUUUUUUUAUGUUUGUUUUUCAACUUAUCCAUUAUCUGAUAUCUCAUCCAUCUUUCGGUCCAGUUGUAGACUAUCAGUCAUCAUGUAGCUCUGCUCGCCAACUCUGGUGUUGGCCAUCUUACACCUUUCCUUCGACUCCCUAUCUCUCUUAUUCACCAUCACUGUCAUGUUACUCUUAUAAUCUGCCACCCAAUCCUCACAAUCGCAGAGUCUGAACUUAUCUCCCGUUUCUUCUCAGCUUUUCCUCAAGUUCAAAACAAACAACUUCAUCUUCCUCCUCCUGAUCCUAAUCACUCCACCUCCAACGAAACUUUUUCUUUCCAUUGGGAAGCUGCUUGUCAAUCAGUUCUUCAUCUUCUCCCCUCACUCCUGUCCUCAUUGUCUCCAUCUCCCUCUCUUCUUCUCUCCGACAUGACUUUAAUUUCCUCCGCUGUUCCAGUUACUCAAAACUUGAAUCUCCCUCUUCACGUUCUCUUCACUUAUAGUGCAAAAAUGUUCUCUCUUUGCAUACUAUCCCAUAGCUACUGCUACUGCUACUGUUGACUUUUCACAAACAGGUGGUAUUAUUGAAAUUCCAGGUGCUUUAUCAAUGCCGAAAUCAGUCAUUCCUUCUUUACUUCUAGCCCCAGAUAGCAUCUUUGCUUCAAUUUUCAUGGAAGGUGCACAGAACAUUACAAAAUCGAGUGGAAUUUUAAUAACACAUUUGAAAUAUUAGAAUUAGACACACUAAGUGCACUUAAGAGUGGGAAAGUAGUAACUGGGUUGCCUCCAGUUUUUACUAUAGGACUUGCACCAUGCGAUUUCUAAGUGGAAUUGAGAGUUCGCUAAUAAUCAAAUGGCUUGAUGAUCAAUUACAAGAAUCAGUUGUGUAUGUCAAUUUUGGUAGCAAAGCAGUAAUGUCAAGGGUGCAAGUAACAGAAAUAGGGAAUGGAUUAAUAGCAAGUGGGUAGUGAAGGAUAAAGAAGUUGAUAAAGAAGAUGUAGAGAGUUUGAGUAAAGUAGUUGGAAAUGAUUGAAUGGAGAAGCUUAAGAAGAAAGGAUAAGUAGUUAAAGAAUGGGUCAAACAAGGGGAGAUUCUUGGGCAUAAAGCAAUAGGUGGGUUUUUGAGCCAUUGUGGGUGGAGGCAGCAUGGCAUGGGGUGAGGCUUCUGGCAUGGUUAUCAAGUGGAGAUCAGAAGGUGAAUACAGAGGUGGUGGAGAAGAGUGGAUUGGGGUUAGGGACAAGAAGUUGGGGAUGGAUUGGUGAAAGGAGAGGAGAUUGCAGAGAGAAUAAAGAAAUGAUGGGAAAUGAAGAUUUGAAAUUGAAAGCUUUAGAAAUUAGGGAAGAGGCAAGGAAAGCUGUUGAUGAUGGUGGUAAUUCUAAGAAUGCUGUAAUUGAAGUUAUUGAGAAAUGGAAGAAUAUGUAGCUUUAAUUAA